GGAACAGCCAGCCCAUCAGACAGGCAGCCACAGAGUUAGUUAAUCACUGUCAGGAGAGAGGGGUAACGACAAGAGGGGAGCAAACACUGAGAUUUGAAAAUAACCUUAAAAACAGGAGAAAAUGUUACAGAGGAAGGCCUCCAAUGUGUCCGACAAAACAAAGAGCUGCAAGCCGAAGCGCUCCACCAGCUUUGGCAGGUUUGACAUCAGGAAUCACUCUCCACAAGCCAAACCAGAGGAAAAUGGAACAACCGUGCACACAGAAAACUGCGAGACUUUGGACCCAAACAAAUCAGCUGGACUUGGGAAGAAGAUGAAGGCAAUUUCUCUGACCAUGUGCAGGAAAAUGGGCAAGAAACACGCCAAGUCAUUGUCUGAGGAGGGUGAUGACAUUCACAAAGACCCAGAAGCAGAGACAGAGAGCUGCCCUCCAGCUGAGAACAACCCAGCAAAGACAAGCAACUCCUUAGAGAGUCUUUACAGUGGCCAGAGCUCCUCCAGUGGUGUGACCAGUGAGUCCAAUGGCUCUGGUCAGAGAGACAGUCUGAGGCUGGAGGAGGACGGAUCGUAUCAGGGACAGUUCAGCGGCAGAGCUCGGGUCCACACAGACUUUGUUCCCAGCCCGUACGACACAGACUCCCUCAAACUCAAGGUCGGAGACAUAAUCAACAUCAUCAGUAAGCCUCCGAUGGGCAUCUGGAUCGGCAUGCUUAACAACAAAGUGGGCAACUUCAAGUUCAUCUACGUAGACAUGUUGGUGGAGAAAGAGGAAGAAGAAGAGGAAGCUCCCAAGAUCAGACAACAGAAGCUGUGCAAAAGACCUCGGCCUAAAACAUUGCUCGAGUUACUGGAGCGACUGAAUCUGGAGGAGUACGCCUCUGCCUUGCUGCUGAAUGGCUACCAGACAGUGGAGGACCUUCUGCACCUGCAGGAGAAACACCUGAUAGAGCUGAACGUCCACGACCCCGAGGACAGACGCAAGAUUCUCGCAGCUGCUGAGUGCUGCUACACAGGUGACGAAGUUAAGGAAACAGAGGAGCAGAGAUCCUCCCACAGUCAGCAGGAAGAAGACAGCGACUGUCCCAGAGACUCGGGUUGCUUUAUUCCAUCUGAAUGUACAGAGAGCAAGGAAGACACAGAGCGGCUCACAGAGGCUGUGGACUCUUAGUGAGAAUACUCCUCAGAUGGAUACGAUGACUAUUGGGAUUUCAGUAUUUUCUUAGGGGUGAUGGUUUAGAAAAUUAUCAAAAUGUCAAGUUAAUAUCCCUUAUUACAACAUUCUGAGCACAUGCUUGCCUAAUGUAGAAGCGUUUUAAGAGUAAUUGAACAAACAACCUGUACUCAGUCAUUUUAUCCAUUUGUCGCUAAAAUAAUAAUAAUCAAGUUGUACGUUUUGAUAUAAAGAGUUUUCUUUAUUUCAUGUUGUUGAAAAAGUGACAUUUUAUUGAAUUAAUGUCAUUUGUAUUUAUUGCAUUCUAAAUCAUUCAGUGUGUUUUCCAUAAAAAGCUUUUAUUUAUCACAUCUGUAUUAUUUCACCCUGUCUCAUGGUAUAUUUUUUCUUCUCAUUAAUGAAGUGAAGGAUGUUUUUGAAAUGUGGCGUCUGGGUUUGAAAAAUGCAUAUUCAAAUGUUGCCUAUAUUGUAUACUGUACAGGAGAAAAUGUAUUUUUUCUGUGUGUGUGUGUGUGGUGUGUGUGGUGUGUGUGUGUGUGUGUGUGUGUGUGUGUGUGUGUGUGUGUGUGUGUGUGUGUGUGUGUGUGUGUGAGAGAGAGAGAGAUGUGCCUGUGCAUGAAUUCAUGUUAAAGUCAGCAUUCAAAUGUUUUCAAAACUUUUUGUAAAUAAAAUAAAAGCAAUAAAAUAUUA